AGAUCUCGAGGACGCUGGCCUCGGUCUGCAUCAUUCUGAUGGCUGUCGCGGCGUGUCUCGCCAAGGACCACGUCAAGUCCAAGGACAUGAUGAAGAAGUCCAUCGUUUUCGACAAAAACACGCCCGACGUUUUCUACUGCCCGCAGUCAAAGCCCACAGGCUUCGAUAAGAUGAUCGUGCGGGCGCGACCGCUCAAGAAGCUUUGCGAGCACGACGGUAACCCUCUCCCCGAGGACUACAAGAGCGACUGCUACAACGACGUCGACGAGACGAGCUACGCCUGCAAGGAGAAGUACAGGAUCAUGAAAUACAUGAACGCUUUUACAAACGAGGAGACCAGUGGUUCAGAAAAGAAGGGUCGAAAGACGAUGCGGAUGCACCCCCCUGGUGCAGACAACGCAGAACGAAAACAUCCAUUUGUGCGCAGCAAUGACAAAGUUAUCAAAGUGAAGUCAACAACACGAAGCAAGAGUCGUCGUACAAAACAUCAAAACUAAGAGUUUGGACAGCAACGAUGCUCAAAACAUUCAAUGUUUGAUCAAUCAAAUGUGAAAGUAUGUUUAUACUGGACAUAAAUUUUGACCUCAAGGGUUGAACUUGAACCAAACUUGCAGAGAAAGUAAGUUUGAAGAUUUCUGCAGUUGGCAGAUGCAUCUGAACAAUGUUGAAAGUGAGAAAUUUUUGCCAAAGCCGCAGUGCCUUAGCCAUCUGCAGAACAGGUCACCUUUCUCAGCUGGCAUUAACUUUGGUGGUCACCCUACACCCAUUUGCUUGACUGAAAGAAAGUACACUGGAGACUUGUUUCGACUUCAACUGAGGCAUUUGUUAGGGUAACUAACAAGACAUUAUAUCAAUAUUCUAGACUGUCUAUUAUUUUUUUUGUACAUAACAUAGCAAAAAUUAAAACCAUGAUACUAAAUAAACAUAUUUGAAAUUUCAUGAAAUAA